AUGGGUUCCUGUACGCCAAGAUGUAAAAAAUGGAGUACGAUUAGUGUUGCUAUUGCUUUUUUAAUACUCGGUAUAUUCUUUGCUUGUUUUUGGGGUUUCAUCGUUGAUAGAAUUCUUCAUUAUGAAUUGGGAAUAUCGUCGAGCAGCAGCAUCGGUUAUUCGAUGUGGAAAGAGACCCCCAUCCCCAUGUACCUGUCCUUCUACAUGUUCAAUUGGACCAACGCCGAUGAGUGCCAGAAAAACGCCUCCGUUAAACCGAAAUUCGUCCAGCUGGGUCCUUACGUGUUCUGGGAACACCACGUUAGAGAGGAUGUAAAGUUUAACGACAAUAACACGGUGACCUUUUACAACAGGAGAAUGUGGCAAUUCGAAGCUUCGAAGACUAACGGGUCGCUUGAUGAUAACGUGUCGACUUUAAAUCCCAUAGUUGCAUCCGUGGCGAGUCUAGUCAAAGACAAACACUACCUGGUGCAGUUAGGAGUGAACUUUUUCCUCGAAGAAAAGAAAGUCCCGCUGGCCGUAACGAAAACAGUGAGGGAAUUCCUGUUCGACGGAUACGACGAUCCCAUGUUGGAUUUAAUGCACAAAUUGAACAUAUCCGGCAUCGACAUACCCUUCAAAAAAAUGGGUUGGUUCGUUGAUCGAAACAACAGCAAAACCUACGACGGUUUGUACAACAUGAACGACGGCAAGGACUCGUUGAGGAAUUUGGGCAUCGUCAGAAGAUGGAAUUACUACGAGCAAGUGCCUUAUUACAACGGAACCUGCGGCAAAGUCGAAGGUACCCAAGGGGAAUUGUGGUAUCCCCCGCAAGAGGAUACUUUGAUCAAGAUAUUCUCCAACGAUUUGUGCAGCACUCUCGAUUUAACUCGCGCAGAAGAGCACACGAUACACGGAAUCACGGGAUUCAAAUUCGUGGGUAACGAAAGAACCUUCGAUAACGGCUCCCUCUAUCCGGAUAUGAAAUGUUUCUCCGAUCGACCGCUGUAUACCGGCAUCAGGGACGUGUCGCUUUGCAAGUAUGGAGCACCGGCUUAUGUAUCGUUCCCCCAUUUCUACCUGGCCGAUCCGUUCUACAGGGAAUCCCUCGAAGGAAUGGCGCCGAACAAAGACGAACACGAGAUGUUCCUGGCGAUCGAACCCAAAUCCGGUAUACCUUUGGAAGUCAAAGCUCAAGUGCAAAUAAACCUUCAAUUGUACCACGUGGAGCACAUAGAUUUGCUGUCGGUGAUAAAUUCGACGUUAAUGCCGGCGUUUUGGUUCAGCCAAUCGGCCGUGCUGUCGGGCGAUCUAUCGGAGACGGUGAAGACGGUCUUGAUCCUGCCGGACAUCGGCCAGUACACGGGAUUCGGGCUGCUGGGCAUCGGGGUGCUGAUAAGCGCCGUGGCGAUCUUGGUGACGUGCCGGUCGGGCUGGCGAGAGACGAAUAGAGUGUACGCGCGAACGGACGCGCCGUGA